UUGAAAAUGUGGGAUGAUCGUGCUCCACUGGUCGCUGUCUUCUGAUAGGUAAAAAAGGCUUGUCACUUUGGGGCGCUGGUGACAUUAUACAUGCCAUUUACACGUGAUUGAUCAACUUAUUGUGAGAACGGGCCAGUGAGAAGAAGAAAAAACUCCUUGAUAAGUAUUGAAUUUUUGAUGUGCGAAAUGUGCAAGUGACAUUGUCGAAACUUAAGUAAUUGUACUUUGGUACGAUGUAAAAUGCCAAGUUGAAUAUUACGGUUUUAUGUAGUCCUAUCUAAAAGUACAAAAUGAUGUAUUGGAUUUUGAUCGUAUUAUGUGAAGUAAUAUGCUUUAUAUGAAUAAUUAUGAAGUGCUACGGGCUUGGUAAAAUGUACUACUACAUUGUACAAUCUUGGUUGGAUGAAAAUUAAAUGACGAAAUUUUCGUCGUUGUAGUACUGUGCUUAUAAGACAACAAGAAAUACUGACGUAGAGCAACUUGAUGCCAUUGGAGAUGAUAAGACUUGAGAUAAUUUUUUGUAUUGAGAAGAUAUUAGCCAAUAGAAUGUACAGACUGAACCCUUCACGAAAGGAUUUCGAUAUUCUUAAGGAAUCCGAUUCUCACCGAAAUCAGCCGAACACCAGAUCGCAAACAGCUGAUGAGUGGUUCAGAGAUGUGACCUAGGAGAAGCUCCCAAAACUUGGCUUGCUUGAGCCCCCGCUUUGAAGAAAAGUACAGACGUAUAUUGGAUUGGCAGCUUCCAUGCUGCUUUAUCUGCUAUAAAUUAAAAUUUUCGAGGCGCAAGUGGGAAUCCUGCUAAUCACAAAACGUGUUUGUCGGCAUCAAAACGUGAAAUACCUGGGCACUGUAUUUUCAUAGUGUCAAGGACGUUGAGGGCAAAUGCCACAUUAUUUUUGCAAAUGAUGAUAUGUUAUAUUAUGGACUAUGCAGUAUGAUGAAUGCCGAGGUAUAAAAUCAUUUCAAGUUCUGGACGCGAAUCAAUAUUAAUUGUAAGUAAAUAGUGCGCGGCACACAAACUUGAAGUUAUCACGGUUUUACUUCCUGCCUCUGUUAUGUCAUCACGAUAUCUGGCGCCCACUGCUAAUCGCGUUAUCACCUACUCCGUUAAGAGAGCUAAAGAGAAAGCCAGCCCGAAUCAUUUGCCGGGAUGGAUUCUCAAUCACUCUCAGUUUCCUCGUGCAAUGGCGAGUAUCAGUGGACGGGAGGGCUGUCUCCUGACGUUAGAUAAUUUAAAUCCAAAUGUAAAAGUAAUGGAAUAUGCCGUUCGCGGCCCACUUGUAAUACGAGCAUCAGCAAUUGAGAAGGAACUAGAGCAGGGAGCAAAGAAACCAUUUAAUGAAGUCAUCAAAGCCAAUAUUGGGGAUUGCCAUGCAAUGGGUCAAACCCCCAUUACUUUUAUUCGACAGGUUUUGGCCCUGGUAUCUUACCCUGAGCUGAUGGAUGAUCCAAAAUUCCCUGAUGAUGUUAAGGAAAGAGCAAAAUUACUUCUUGCUGGCUGUAGAGGAGGAAGUGCAGGAUCUUACACUGAUUCUCCUGGCAUUGAAAUCAUUCGCCGUCAUGUGGCAGAGUACAUUGAGAAGAGAGAUGGAUACCCAUCUGAUUGGCAAGAUAUCAUAUUGUGUGCCGGUGCAUCAGAUGGCAUAAAAGCAGUGUUGAAACUCCUUAUUUGUGAAAUAUGUGGGCUUAAACCUGCUAUUAUGGUACCUAUUCCACAGUACCCACUGUAUUCCGCAACUAUUGCAGAAUUUGACAUGCAGCAGGUAGGUUACUAUUUGGAUGAAUCAAAAGGAUGGGGCUUGACAAUAGAAGAAUUGAAGCGGGCCAUAAAGGAUACUCAAGGAAAGUGUAAACCUAGGGCUCUUGUGGUCAUCAAUCCAGGAAACCCUACAGGACAGGUUCUCACCAAACAAAAUAUUCAAGAGAUUAUAAAAUUUGCAAAUGAAGAGGGUUUGAUUCUACUGGCAGAUGAAGUUUAUCAGCAUAAUGUAUAUGACAAGAACAGUGAAUUUCACUCGUUUAAGAAAGUCUUGAUGGAAAUGGGUCCACCAUAUUCCCAAACUGAAUUGGCUAGUUUUAUGUCUUGCUCAAAAGGGUACAUGGGUGAAUGUGGACUGCGAGGUGGCUAUGCCGAAGUCAUUAAUCUUCAGCCUGAUGUAAAAGCAAUGUACUUGAAGAGCAUUUCAGCCAUGCUGUGUCCAACUGUGCUUGGGCAGCUCAGAAAAGGUUUCUUUGACAUCUUGGCUACACUGGACAGGAUUGCCUGAGAAACAGUCAAUAAUAAAAGAAGCCCUAGACAAUAAAUGCAACAUAGGAAGUUAAAGAAUCAAUAAUGAUGAUGAAAAUACUUUUUAAAUGCAUUGGGUCAGAAAAUAUCAGUAAUGUAACUAAUCUUCAUGUUGCCUGUAAUUAUAAUUAAAUGAAAAUAAAUUUGCAAUGCCUAAAGUUGGACCAGAUUUGUGGUAGAAAGCAUUUUUUGGGAAAAUACUGUAUUAAACGUGUAACCUAUUAAGCUAAUGUUGUUGUUGUUGUUUUUUUUAAAUAAAGAAAAGAAAAACAUAUAUUUUCCAGGGUCCUCAUCUAAAUUUGCUUUUGAGAGUUGCAAGAUGUGUUACUUGUGUUUCUAGAUGACAAUGGAUUGUGUUGUGAAGCCUCCUGAGCCAGGUCAACCAUCAUACGAUUUGUUCAUUAAAGAGAAGAAUGCGGUACUCAAAUCACUAGCUGAAAGAGCUGAAAUGGUAGCAAAGACUUUCAACAGUAUUGAAGGCAUGUCUUGCAAUGCAGUUCAAGGAGCAAUGUAUGCUUUUCCUCAGAUAUAUUUACCUCCUAAAGCAAUAGAGAUAGCUAAACAACAAAAAUUAGCACCAGAUGCAUACUAUGCUUUCCAGUUAUUGGAAAAUUCAGGCAUAUGUAUUGUUCCUGGUUCUGGGUUUGGUCAGAAAGAGGGUACCUACCAUUUCAGGACCACAAUUCUUCCUCAGCCUGAAAAAUUGAAAGUAAUGCUUGAAAAAUUCAAGAUAUUUCACCAGGAGUUUUUGAAGAAACACCAGUAAUGCAGAACAAUGUAUAAGUAACGCAAUAAUAUAAUACUUUUACCAUUACUACUUAAAUACAAGUACACAUAUGAUAUACUGUGCAUGUUGUAUUACAUUUUGUGGAUGUACGGUAUAUCACAUAUGUGCAUGUCGAUCAAAUGAAAUGAAUGUUGGUAUUGUUCCCUAUUUUAUCUAUGUUGUACAUGUGCAGUCUACUCCUGUAAAUUUUAAUUAACAUUACUAAAAAUUGUAAAACUAAAAAGCAAUAUUUUGCUCUCGUAUGCAAUAAAAUUUACUGCAAUAAUUGGCUAAUUAAACAGUUUCAUUCAAUCUCUCAAAAAACAGAAAAGUGUUUAAACCUUUGGUUUUUCUCUUAUUUCAAGUUCAAAACAACCAAGAAGAAGCAGAAAAAAGCACUAAAAUAGAUUACACUACUAUCUUUAUGGCAUGAAGAUACGUGCACAGAUCGAGUGUGUACUCUUGAUUUUUUAAGAAAAUGAUUACCCUAAUAUAAAUAUUCCAGGAAUAAAACCAAACCUAAAUCAAUAUACAACAAUUUCUUCUAUUAAUUCAACAGUUUUUUUCUGUAU